CGUUACGUCUCUGACAAACGCGCUAAGAAAGAUGAUUACAUUGAAUAUUAUCAUAGUGUUACUGGUUAUGACUAGUGCCAGUGCCGUCAAGGUCGGUACCUUCGAUUUGUCCAGACUUGUUUUGAACGAGGAAUUAGAUGAAGACGAAUCAUUACUCGUAGAUACGGCAGAUAGUAGGAUUGUGGGUGGACAUGAAACUACUAUUGAGGACCAUCCUUAUCAAGUGUCAUUCAUUGUCAACAACUCGUAUUUUUGUGGUGGUAUAAUCUUAAGUCAAGAUUGGAUUAUGACCGCCGCACAUUGCGCUCAAAAUGUCGACCCUACAACAGUGGUGCUCCGGGCUGGUAGCACCUUCCGGAAAAAUGGCACCAUAAUACCAAUAGCUUUAGUAGCUAGUCAUCCAGAAUACGACGACCCUGCUUUCGACAAAGACGUUGCUGUCAUGAAAACAGUGAAACCCAUGGAGUUUGGAGAGACAAUGCAGCCGGUAGCACUGCCAGCUCUGGGGGCGAAGUUGGAGCCGAAUUCUGAAAUCGUAGUCAGUGGUUGGGGGAGGACAGUGCAAGGUGCUCCAACGAUACCAGAUCGAUUGAUGAAUGUGACUCUGGACGUGGUGUCGCACUUUAAAUGCAACCUGAGCUAUUAUUUGGACCUCACUGAUAACAUGUGGUGUGCGGGAAAUUUCUUUUUGGGUGGAAAAGGAACUUGCCAAGGUGAUUCCGGUGGGGCAGCUGUACAGAAUGGGACGGUCAUGGGGAUAGUGUCCUUCGGAAGAGGAUGCGGUCAGCCUUUGUCACCAAGUGUAUUUGCUGCCACGUAUUCGCCGGCCAAUUGGAAUUUUAUCAAGGAAACAACUGGCUUAUUGCAUUGAUUAAUUAAGACUUUCAAUUAGUUUAACUUUUGUCUAGUGAUUUUAUGUGAUGUCGAAAUUUUAUUUGUAUAAUAACAUAAAUUUAGUUCAUGCUCAAUGGCCUCGUGUUCUUUUUUAAUUUUCAAAUUCCCUAAGGUCGUUUUUAAUUCACUAUUUGUAACUAAAAGUAAACAUUCACACUGACUCUAAAGAGCUUAGAUUUUAAUGGUUCUCAUCAGGUUUCUUUUUUUGGUCUUAUGAUUUGAAUGUAAAUCUCUAGGAAGCUACAGACACCAAGUAUUGUAAUGUCACGAUGUCAUUUAUCCAAAAAUAUCUUGAAAUUUUCUCUACGCAGUAUAUGAAUAAAUGAGGACCGACCCAAGGGAAAUUUAAUGUUCUUUAAUAUAAAUAAGCCUUUGAUCUACUCCUUGGCAAAUUCAGGGAAAAUUACAAUAAUAGAAUUGAAAGCUAACAUUAGAAUGAUUAUUACUUUAUUUAAACAGCGGACCUGAUAAAUUAUUUUUCUUGGAAUUUCUUGAUUAGUUAAUUACUAAAAAAAUAAAACGUACCAACAUUUACAUAUCGUAAUCAGACCAAUAAAUACAGUGGAACCGCAUCUGGUAUUGUCAAACCAAUUGUCAAAAGUACUUAUGAAUAUCAGAUCCCCAC